AUGCAUUUCACCGAGGAUGAAGCGAAUGAUGUGAAGCAUUGGGUGGUCAAGAAGCUGGAGGACAUCUCGGAUGCAGACUCCGAUGUUCUUGCAGACUACGUACUUGCGCUCAUUAGGUCUGAUGCACCGGAUGACGAGAUCCGAAAGACCUCCGUCGAAAACCUGGAGGAUUUCCUCCGCGAAAACACUGUCUCCUUUGUUGAUGAGCUUUUCAAGUCCUUUGGUCCGAAGCAAGCUCAGGCUGCGCCCCCUCAGUCCCAAUUUCAGCAGCCUUCCCAGGACUUCCCACAAGCCAUUCCCACAAGCCAGCAGGCGGCCAAUGUCCCAACUGGACCGAGAUCAGACUUCAACAACCGGAAGCGGACCUACAAUGAAGGAUUCCAGGGCGAGCAGGAGCAAGGUCAUUUCAACCCCCAGGAUCGGGCUUUCAAAACGCCACGACGCGGCCGUGGAGGUGCUCGUGGCGAUUGGAACGGAGCUGGUCGUCAUGCGCCAGGCGGUCAGUUUCCGCCCAACGGCCCUGGUGGAUUUCCGAGCAUGAUGCCUGGGUUCCAGCAGUUUGAUCCGAAUGACCCGAUGGCGGCGAUGAUGGCCAUGCAGCAGCAGAUGGGAUUCCCGCAGAUGCCUGGCAUGCCACCUAUGCCUGAAAUGCCUGCUCCAGGACAGCCUGGGUCUGAGCAGAUGAGCAACCAGCGUUGUCCGUUCUACGAUACUCAGGGCAUUUGCUAUAUGGGCGAUGCUUGUCCUUACAAGCACGGUGAAGCUGGAGCCGGAGGUCGUGAUGAAUAUGACCCAAGAGCCUCAAUGAUGGAAUCAGGCGGACGUGGACGUGGCGAUCGAGGCCGUGGUGAUCGAGGCCGUGGCCGUGGCCGCGGUGCAUUCGGCGGACGCAGAGGCGGCCGGUCCGAUUUCUCGUCAGCUGGACCCAAUGAGGACCAGUCAAUAACGACAAUUGUGGUCGAGCAGAUCCCCGAUGACAAGUUCUCGGAGGAGGCAGUGCGCGAAUUCUUCUCGCAGUUUGGCAACAUUGCUGAGAUCACUUUGCAGCCGUACAAGAAGCUGGCACUCGUCAAGUACGAGAGCUUUGCCGAGGCCAAGCAAGCAUGGUCCAGCCCCAAGGUGAUCUUUGAUAACCGCUUUGUCAAGGUCUAUUGGCACAAACCGAAGCAUGAUGAGAAUAACGGCGAGCCUCACCAGUUGAGACCUGAGGCCCCUGCCUUCGACCCCGAAGAGUUCCAGAGACAGCAAGAGGAAGCUCAAAAGGCGUACGAGGAGAAAAUGAAAAAGCGCCAGGAGACCGAAGAGGCCAAGCAGGCUCUCGAGCGUCAGCGCGACGAACUCCUGAGGAAGCAACAGGAGGAAAAAGCCCGUCUCUUGCAGCGUCUCGGAGGUGCAGAGUCGAGCAACGGUGCCGGCUCUGAAGACCAGUCUAUGGGGGGUGCCGCCGAUGAGAACGUGAGCGAGGAGACCAAAAAUUUGCGUGCGCAGCUGGCUACUCUCGAGGCAGAGGCCAAAACUCUGGGUCUCGAUCCCAAUGCCGAGUCUGGCCGCGGUGGUUAUCGCGGCCGCGGUGGCUACCGGGGCCGCGGUACUUUCCGUGGACGUGGAGGCUACGAUCCCUCAUUCCGGGGUGGCUAUCGCGGCCGCGGUGGAUUCGCCCCCGUGGCCGUGGAUGAGGCGCUCCGCCAACACUUGAUUGGCAUUGCCGAUUACGAAUCCAUUGAGCCUAACCCCGGCCAGUCCGACUCGGUCAUCGUGGCGUUUAGGGAGCGCUAUCAAGCCGAGAAAUUCAUGUUCUCGCCCUGGAACAUACCUUCUGUGGGCGAGGUCCAGCUUUCAUGGCUUCCUAACCCACCCAUCACUCUUCCCGCAUCAUCAUCAACAGAGAAGAACGGCUUCGAGGAGGACCAGGACAUGGUCAUGGACUCGGCUUCCGCCAACGAGGCGCCCGUGUCGGCUCCGACACGCAGCGAUAUGGAUUAUGAUGUGGCAGAGGAUGAUAAUUGGGGCAUGGAGUAG